CGAGCUGCCCCUGCGGCUCACGCCCCUCACGCGACGUGCUGGAGGCCAGGCGGCGGGCCGCGGUGCCCGCCAUGCUGCCCUCUUGCUGUCCCAGUUUCUCGGGCUUCCUCACCGUGGACAAGAAGCACGACUCGAACCUCUUCUUCUGGUUCUUCCGGUCCGAGACGCGGCGCAGCACGGCGCCCUUGGUCGUCUGGCUGCAGGGCGGUCCCGGCACCAGCAUGAUGAGUAACGGCCCGUACCAGUUUGACCCUCGUACCAUGCAGCUCAGACGUCGCCGCAGUGCGUGGACGCGCGCGCACUCCGUGCUCUACUUUGACAACCCCGUGGGCACGGGCUACAGCUUCACGCGCGGCCCCGAGGGCCUGGCUAAGGACGUGAGGCAGGCCGAGAGCCAGCUGGACAAGAGCGAGGUGGCGUACCAGAUGGGGGUCGUGGACGAGGAGGGCCGCGACGAGAUGAAGGCCGUAGCAGCGCAGCAGAUCAAGCUGAUUCAGCAGGGCCACUGGGACGAGGCCAGGAAGCUGUCGAAGGACGAGUGCGGCGGGCCCAUCUCCCCGGCCGACACGGGCCUCGACGCCCUCAGUAACUACCUGUUGUGGAACGGCACCCAGGACAACGGCUACAAAGACCUCGCUCAGCACCAGCACAUUCGCAAGGCCCUGCACGUCGGCAACGCCACCUUCUCGCCUGUGGGAGUGCCCACACUCUUGCCCUGUCUCAAGAUGGACGAACUGUAUGGUCAUUUGGGUCUGGAGAAAACGGAAAACUGGGUCAUGGAGACAAUGCUCGAGUUUGUUGACCAAAGGUCUUUGAGGCACUACAAGGAGUUUGUAUUAGGGGCCGUUCAUAUACUACGUAGUUCAUUUUGGGGGGAGGGGGGAUAG